GUGCACGCCUCUUCCGCCUUGGGCCCGGAAGGGUGAUGUGGCUGGGGCAUCGCUGGCCUCACUAUGUCUGCCAUUUUCAAUUUUCAGAGUCUGUUGACUGUAAUCUUGCUGCUUAUAUGUACCUGUGCUUAUAUCCGGUCCUUGGCACCCAGCCUCCUGGACAGAAAUAAAACUGGACUAUUGGGAAUAUUUUGGAAGUGUGCCAGAAUUGGUGAACGAAAGAGUCCUUAUGUUGCAGUAUGCUGUGUAGUGAUGGCCUUCAGCAUCCUUUUCAUACAGUAGCUUGGAAAAAUGCCAGAAUUUAAUUGCCAUCAGACUUCAGUGUGAACAAGGACUUAUCUGCAGAAAAUAAUGGAAAGAAUGGUUAACCCUUUUAUCUCUGAACAUUGAAUGAGAGAAAUUUCCAGAUGGUGUUCUCUAUUUUUAUGUUAUUGGACCAAUGUUCUGUGUAAAUAACUAAGAUACAACCAUUUGAUACGCAGAGUUUAAUAGUCUGUAACAAUCAACCUCAGUACUGUUGCUACAAUAUUACAUUUUGUGCAAAUGUCAUUCUGUUGUGUCUGAUAUCAGUUUUUAGUAGGGUAUUUUUAAGGCACAUAGUAGAAAACAAAAUUGGUGAAUUACUCAAGUUCCUUUCACUGUGAUUUGGAAAUGAUAAGUCUUUACAGAAUGAGACCUUUUUGGAUUAGCUUUUUAAUUGAGAAAUGGUUCAAUUUUGUGUUGGUAAGGAUUGCAUUCAUAUUCAAUAAUGUUUGCUUUUCCUCUGGCCACACGAGUUUGACCAUUAACCAGAGUGCCUCUACUCUUAACAAAUUUUGUAGUUUAUUACAGGUGUUAAAAAUAUUUAAAACAAGUCCAUGCAGUUCUUAAGGAGUCAGAUAAAUGGAAUGUGACUUAAAAGCAGUACUAGGAAAAUGUUUAUAUUUAAUAUAAGAGGGUUUAGACUAGCCUGAUUGACUAUGGAUACGUCUUAAGCAUGAGUUUGACCAGCUAGCUGUUCCUGAAAAAGAUAACAUUCUUAGAAUGAAAAGAACAAAACAGAAUGAUUUGUAGGAUGAUAAUUCAGUGGUUUUUAAUCUACCAUCUACACUAAUGGCAUAAAUAUCUUUCUUUGAGCUUUUAUAUCGAAGGAAGACUAAUUUUUAGUCGAUAAAACAAAUAUUGGGAAUAUGACUUACAGAUCUCACAAGAGGACAGUUAUAAAUUUAUGGUUAACAUUUCUUUAGGUCAAGCUAAAAGUUACAUACUAUUUCAAAGCUAAGAGGAGCUUAAAUCUUACCAAAAAUUUCCCCAUUGUAGGUAGUGUUUAUUAAUUAGAUGUUAUUUUUAAUCUAUUAGUAUCUGCUUCUACAAAAACAGUAUAGAAUUUGAAACUAUCAAUUUUUAAAAGCCACUUUAAACUACUUGGAAUGAAUCCUAGGAAACAUCUAGUACAGCGUAUGUAUUGCCCUGUCUAUGGUUGGUUAAAAGUGGCAUUUUAUUUUGGACAAGCAAUCUGGUUAUGAUAAUUGUUUCUACUCUGAACUAUAUCUUGGGCUUUGCAUUAGGUCAAGGAUCUUUAGGCUAUCCCCAAAAUAGGACACUUGUCAGCAUACCCAUGCAGAGAAGUCACCUUUCUAGGUGUAAUUUCUGGGUGGCCAUCUGUUGUCCAACUCUUCUGCCAACUGGACUUUCCACAAAAGCUUUGUCAGCUUUUUUUUUUUUAAUGAUAACACAAAUCUAGUAUGAAAAAGGAAAGAAGAUUCUAGAAAUCAGUUCUAAGAUAUUUUUAAUUUGGCAUUUUCAAGGAGGAGGUGGAAA